GCUUCGUUUUUGUUGGGAAAAGAAAACAAUUUCAAGGAUUAUUUUUGUGUUGUUUCUCUCUCCCAUGAUCACUAAAAUGGUUUGAGUUUCGGUUGAUCCUGCGAAUAACCGCAUUUCGAUUUAAUAAAUAAACAACAGUUCAAACCUUACUUUCUCUUAGUUUUGGCAACUCCUUUAGCCUUACCAUACUCUCCACCCCAUUUUCUCUAAGUUUUUUUUUUAUUUGAAACAUAAAAAACAUGGGUAAUUCUGGGUUUCUAGCAUCAAUAUUACUACCCACAUUCCUUUGUAUUCAUCUCCUCUCUGGUGGAUCUGUUAGUGGUCUUGGUGUGAACUGGGGCACAAUGGCGACCCAUAAAUUGCCUUCAGAGACAGUGGUUCAGAUGUUGAAAGACAAUGGGAUUACAAAAGUGAAGCUUUUCGAUGCGGAUUCAAAGACUAUGGAUGCUCUUGCAGGGAGUGAUCUUGAAGUAAUGGUCGCCAUUCCCAACGAUCAGCUUCUUGCUAUGAAUAGCUAUGAUCGUGCUAAACAAUGGGUCAAGAAGAAUAUCACCACAUAUAACUUCAAAGGAGGUGUUAACAUUAAGUAUGUAGCUGUUGGAAAUGAACCAUUUCUCACAUCCUAUAAUGGCUCAUUUAUAAACAACACAUUCCCUGCUCUUCAAAACAUUCAAAAUGCACUUAAUGAUGCUGGUGUUGGGGACACCAUAAAGGCUACUGUGCCCUUAAAUGCUGAUGUCUACAGCUCACCCGAAAGCAAUCCUGUUCCGUCUGCUGGCCGGUUCCGGACCGAUAUCAGUGGACCUAUGUCACAGAUCGUCAAUUUCCUAGCAAAAAACAGUGCACCUUUCUCCGUGAACAUCUACCCUUUCCUCAGUCUUUACGGGAAUGAUGACUUCCCUUUUAACUACGCUUUCUUUGAUGGAGGAAAUCCGAUUGUCGAUAACGGUAUUCAGUACACUAAUGUUUUCGAUGCCAACUUCGACACGUUGGUUUCAGCUUUGAAAGCAGUAGGCCAUGGGGAUAUGCCCAUUAUUAUUGGGGAAGUUGGUUGGCCUACAGAUGGUGACAAGAAUGCCAACAUGGCUAAUGCUCAGAGAUUUUACAAUGGACUCUUGGCUAGACUUGCAGCCAAGACGGGCACGCCUCUACGUCCGGGAUACAUCGAAGUUUACUUGUUUGGACUUAUUGACGAGGAUGCCAAGAGCAUUGCUCCGGGAAAUUUCGAGCGUCAUUGGGGGAUUUUUCGGUACGACGGGCAGCCUAAAUUCCCAUUAGAUCUUUCAGGUCAGAAUCAAAACAAGUUCCUCACUGGUGCAAAUGCUGUGAAAUAUCUUCCACAGCAAUGGUGUACGUUCAAUCCAAAUGCUAAGGAUGUCGGCAAGCUUGUCGACAACAUAAAUUACGCUUGCACUUUCGCUGAUUGCACUGCCCUUGGAUUCGGGUCCUCGUGUAACAGCCUCGAUGCCAACGGGAAUGCUUCUUACGCGUUUAACAUGUAUUACCAGGUGCAAAACCAAAAAGACAUGGCAUGCGAUUUUCAAGGUUUGGGCAUAAUUUCAACGCAGAAUAUAUCACAAGGGACUUGCAAUUUCAUCAUUCAGAUUGCUUCAUCAUCUUCUUUCUCUUCGGAAAAUCCCUCAAGCUCAGUGGCAGUAUUAUCUAUUUUUACCUUAUUAACUUCAUAUUUACUAUUUUAACUUUUGAUUAUUCAGAUUAUAUCCGGU